AUCCAACCUCCGAAGUUCGAACCCUUGAGGCUUUCGUUGGGUUUAAGGUCUAUCAACAAACGUACAAGUCCCACAUAAAAACAAGACUCAUAUGAUGCUCUUCGUCACCAAAAUCAGGUACCCAAAUCUCUUCCUUAUUCCUACAUUCAAACCCAGAUUAUACUCUUCAAAUCCUCCACUUCAUUGCCAAUGGUCAGGCUUACAACAAUGGAGAGAAAGUUCAGUCAACCAGAAUCGAACAUGGGGAAUAAGAGGCCCAGAACCUCCAUUGAAGCAUGAACAAGUUGAAAUUCCAAAUGGGUCUUGUUCAUCUUUAGCUGAACUUGGUGCUUUAGUUCUUUCCACUAGUGAUCCUCUUGCGAAAUCCCAGAUUUCCCAUUUUGCUUAUUCUAAAUGGCGUUUAGAAAAACUUCCUAUUGGGGUUUUUGACCCGCCUUCUCGUCCUGCCCGCCCAAGUAAACCCCAGCUGGUACCUCCAAAGGAUAUCCCACCUCCUAAAGAAUCUGGCUUACCUCUCAAUGCAUAUAUGCUUCAUAACCUUGCUCAUGUAGAGCUUAAUGCCAUUGAUUUGGCUUGGGAUACAGUUGUUCGCUUUUCACCCUAUCAGGAUAUGCUUGGAGAAGGUUUCUUUGCUGAUUUUGCUCAUGUCGCUGAUGAUGAGAGUCGGCAUUUUUCUUGGUGUUCACAACGAUUAUCAGAACUUGGCUUCCAAUAUGGAGAUAUGCCUGCUCAUAAUCUGCUCUGGAGAGAGGCUGACAAGUCGUCUUUCAAUGUAUCUGCACGAUUGGCUGCAAUUCCGCUUGUCCAGGAGGCUAGGGGACUUGAUGCAGGACCAAGACUUGUGAAAAAGAUGAUUGGUUUUGGAGAUAAAAGGACUUCAGGUAUAGUGGCUAAAAUUGCCGAUGAAGAGGUUGCGCAUGUUGCUGUUGGUGUCUACUGGUUUAUUGCAGUUUGUCAAAAAAUGGGGCGGGUCCCAUGUUCUGCUUUCAAAGACUUGUUAAAGGAGUAUGACAUAGAAGUAAAAGGACCUUUCAAUUAUACAGCUCGAGACGAGGCUGGCCUGCCCCGACAUUGGUAUGAUGCAUCUUCAACCGAUAAUCAAAGCAAGGGGCAGCUGUCUCAGUUCAUCUGUUCCAAAAUCUUGAUAGGUUUAUGAAAGGCUCGCUCAUAUUAUUGAGAUGGAAAACGAGAAUGCUAAUUCAGGCGAGCAUACUAGGUGAUGGGUAUAAUUAGCAGUUGUAAAUUGGAGAUGCUAUAACUCGAAGCCAUAGUGCGUCUGUGUCUAAUGAUGCUACCCGGUAGGUCGCCUUGUAAAAAUCUCGAUUUAUAUAUGUCUGGGACAUGUCGGAGGUUGGAGGAUCCGGAUGCACAGAGGCAAACCGAAUAGGACUCGUAGGAGUUUAUGUAGAAUGCUACGUUAUACAAUUAUUCAAUAUGAACGUUCCUUAUGAUGUUCUUUGAUGGGUCAUGGUGUUUUCAAGCACAUGGUGCACAUCCUUAGGGAUUUGUUAGUUUGAUUGUUGGGGCAUAAAGAUGAAAAUGUGCCUAGAAUGCACUUAGUAAAAUGAAAUUAGUCAUAUGGACAAUGGAAUAUGAAUCACUUGUGGGUAUAGUGGAGCAGUUCAAUUUGUACUUGACUUAUUCGAAUCUAAAUAUGAUCUGACUAACUCUAAUACGGUGUUUGUGUAGUUAAA